GUUAGGGAUGCAAAACUGCUUGGCCAGUGCAGUUCACCAUCAUCUCAUCAUCAGACUCAGACUCACACCAUGCCAAUGCCAAUGCCAAUGGCUAUAUUCAACCGCUACAUCCGAUUCCGAACCGCCACAACUCCUUUCCUAACCGCCAGGCGCAGACUUUCUUCUCUUCCCACCUCCACCGUAACCCUCCGCCUCCGCGUUUCCUCCUGCUCCGCCGCCCUCCGCCACACUCGUACUGCUGCGAGCCUCAGGAGAAGCACUGUAGCUCUACCCUUCUGGCACCAGCAGAGCUCCACUUACGGGCGUUUUGCCUACCAGGACGAGUCCAGUGAUGAGGAUUCCGAUGUCGAAUUGGCUCCUUCUCAGCAAAAACAAUUGGGCGAAUCAACCCUCGAAAACAUUGAUGAGUGGAGGUGGAAGCUCACCAUGCUUCUUCGCAAUAAAGACGACCACGAAGUUGUCUCCAGGGAGAAGAAGGACCGCCGUGAUUUCGACCAGCUUUCACCUUUAGCUACCAGGAUGGGUUUAUACAGCCGACAGUAUGCGAGAGUCCUUGUUUUUAGCAAGUCACCUUUGCCCAAUUACCGCCCUGAUUUGGAUGAUAAGCGUCCACAGAGAGAGGUAACCUUGCCGUUUACUGUUCAUAGAGAAGUAGACGCUCAUCUCCUUACCCAUCUUUCACAUAAGGCUACAAAAAGAAUAGGUGCUUUGGAUGAUUCAUUGCGUACAUCAAGUGAUGCUAGAGGCAUUCCUGCCAAUGAUGGAGUUUAUGAGCAGCCGGAGCCCAUGACCCAUAAUAGUGUUGUCAAGGAGAAAAUCCUUCAACGAAGAAGUUUGCAACUGCGUCAACAACAACAAGAUUGGCAGGAGUGUCCUGAAGGGCAAAAGAUGCUUGAACUUCGUAAAAGUCUUCCUGCAUUCAAAGCGAAGGAUGCAUUUCUGAAAGUCGUUUCAGAGAAUCAGGUUGUUGUUGUCUCAGGUGAAACUGGUUGUGGUAAGACCACACAACUUCCUCAAUACAUAUUAGAAACUGAGAUUGAAGCUGCACGUGGAGCUGCAUGUAAUAUAAUUUGCACUCAGCCCAGAAGAAUAUCUGCUAUGUCUGUUUCUGAAAGAGUUGCAGCAGAGCGAGGGGAUAAAUUGGGAGAAUCUGUUGGCUACAAAGUUCGUUUGGAGGGUAUGAAAGGGAGGGAUACUCGUCUUCUUUUUUGUACCACUGGUGUAUUAUUGCGGAGGCUACUUGUGGAUAGGAACUUAAAAGGUGUAACUCAUGUUAUUGUUGAUGAAAUUCAUGAACGUGGAAUGAAUGAAGAUUUUCUUCUCAUUGUCCUGAAGGAACUUCUCCCUCGUCGUCCUGAUUUGAGGUUAAUUUUGAUGAGUGCAACCUUAAAUGCUGAGCUUUUUUCUUCCUACUUUGAUGGUGCACCAACUAUGCAUAUACCUGGUUUUACAUUUCCAGUUCGAGCGCAUUUUCUUGAAGAUGUUCUGGAAAGGACUGGAUAUCGGUUGACUCCUAAUAAUCAAAUUGAUGACUAUGGUCAAGAAAAGACAUGGAAAAUGCAGAAACAAGCUCAAGCUUUCAGAAAUAAAAAGAGCCAGAUUGCUUCUACUGUUGAGGAUGCAUUAAAGGUUGCAGACAUUAAGGGAUAUAGCCUACGCACUCGAGAGUCAUUGUCUUGCUGGUGUCCUGACUCAAUUGGUUUUAACCUUAUUGAACACGUGCUUUGCCACAUUGUUAAGAAUGAAAGGCCAGGUGCUAUUCUGGUAUUUAUGACUGGUUGGGAUGAUAUAAACACUUUAAAGGAUCAGCUCCAAGCUCAUCCUUUGCUGGGUGAUCAGAGCCGAGUAUUACUUCUUGCAUGCCAUGGUUCUAUGGCCAGUGCUGAGCAGAAGUUGAUAUUUGAAAAUCCAGAAGGAGGGGUGAGGAAAAUUGUUCUUGCUACUAACAUGGCAGAGACUAGUAUUACCAUCAAUGAUGUUGUCUUUGUGGUAGAUUGUGGAAAAGCAAAAGAGACAUCAUAUGAUGCAAUAAAUAACACUCCUUGUUUGCUUCCGUCUUGGAUCUCAAAAGCUGCUUCGCGACAGAGAAGAGGAAGGGCUGGUCGUGUUCAACCCGGAGAAUGCUACCAUCUUUAUCCCAAAUGUGUUUAUGAUGCUUUUGCUGAUUAUCAAUUGCCAGAGCUUUUAAGAACACCUUUGCAGUCCUUAUGUCUGCAAAUUAAAACUCUACAACUUGGAAGCAUCUCUGAGUUUUUAUCCAGAGCUUUGCAGCAGCCAGAGCCUCUCUCGGUUCAAAAUGCUAUUGAAUAUUUGAAGACUAUUGGAGCCUUAGAUGAGAAUGAAAAUUUGACAGUUCUAGGGCACAAGUUGUCGAUGCUUCCUGUAGAACCCAAACUUGGCAAGAUGCUCAUUUUGGGAGCUAUCUUCAACUGUUUGGAUCCCAUAUUGACUGUUGUCGCUGGGCUUAGUGUGAGAGAUCCAUUUGUAAUGCCAGCUGAUAAGAAAGAUCUUGCAGACUCUGCUAAGGCCCAAUUUGCUGCUGACUAUAGUGAUCAUCUUGCACUUAUCCGAGCUUAUGAGGGUUGGAAGGAUGCUGAAGCACGGAAAACUGGUUAUGAGUAUUGUUGGCGAAAUUUUCUUUCUUCUCAAACACUUAAAGCAAUUGACUCUCUUCGAAAGCAAUUUUUUUACUUGCUCAAAGAUAUUGGUCUGGUUGAUAACAAUUCUGAAACCCACAAUACAUGGAGUCGUGAGGAUCAUCUAGUCCGAGCAGUUAUCUGUGCGGGUUUGUAUCCUGGAGUAUCCUCUGUUGUGAACAAAGAUAAGUCAAUAUCACUGAAAACAAUGGAGGAUGGUCAGGUUCUUCUGUAUGGUAACUCUGUAAAUGGCCGUGUAUCCAAAAUUCCAUACCCAUGGUUAGUGUUUAAUGAAAAGGUGAAAGUGAAUUCAGUAUUCCUUAGGGAUUCAACUGGUAUAUCUGAUUCCAUGCUGCUCUUAUUUGGUGGGAAUAUAUCCAGAGGCGGAUUAGAUGGUCACCUGAAAAUGUUGGGAGGGUAUUUGGAGUUUUUCAUGAAACCAGAAUUAGCCAAGACUUACUUAACUCUGAAGAGGGAAAUGGACGAACUUAUACAGAAAAAACUUCUGGAUCCCAUGUUGAAUAUACAAUCACAUGACAAGCUUCUUUCAGCUUUAAGAUUGUUGGUAUCAGAGGACCAUUGUGAUGGCAGAUUUGUCUUUGGUCGCCAGGCCCCAUCACAGUCAAAUAAGGCACUGAAAUACAAAAGUGGUGAUGGAGCUGAGGGUGAUAAUUAUAAAAAUCAGCUUCAAACAUUCCUUACCAGGGCUGGACAUGAACCGCCAACUUACAAGACGAAGCAACUAAAAAACAACCAAUUCCGUUCUACUGUCAUAUUCAACGGCUUGGACUUUGUUGGUCAGCCAUGCAAUAGCAAAAAACUGGCAGAAAAAUCUGCUGCUUCCGAGGCUAUUCUAUGGUUAAAAGGGGAUACCCAUUCUUCUGGUGGUAUUGACCAUGCAUCUGUUCUACUGAAAAAGAGCAGCAAGAAAAGUAGAAAAAGACCGUUUAGUGAUGCUAAAUGGAGUUGAGUUUUGGAUAGAUCUGUUGAUAGGGUGGUAUAUUGAAGAGGAGGAACUUGUCUAAGGUGAAGGCUAUGGUGCAAUGGAUUCAAGGAUCUUUUCCAAUCAUAACUUCUGUACAGAGCUAUUAGGGAUCUUGAAUCUGUCAGGUGCAGAUCUGAGCCCUUGUAUUUGUAAAAGGGUGAUUGCAUCCAGAGUCUUCCUAAAUACGGGGCAAUUCAAGUGUGUAUUUUUACAGUUGCUUUUGGCUAAUUCAUCCCUGAGCAGAGAUUAGCUACUGUACUUGCAAAAGAAUUCAUGAAAACAGAGGAGCUAGCAGCUAAAAUUUUGAUGCUGAUAAUAAGCUAUAGGAGAGCAUUAUGAGGCUUGUUACACCUGAGAUGAAUUAUUUUCAUGCUGAUACUGUAAGCUCUAGGAGAGAAUUCAACGAAAAGGCAUAUCAAUUUUGAUUUAUCCAAGUUCUGCAUUUGAAUAGAAAAACAAGAAAAAUUGAUUUAAAUUGUAUAAUUUUAAUAACCUCUAACCAUCAACUCCACUAUAGUUUCCGCCAUUUUGUUCACAUUCCACUGUAAAAUAAAUUGCGAAUAUCCAGCAAUGUUUUAAUUCUUCAUGAGUCA